UCAGAAGCUUGUUGGUCCUUUUGGCAGCAAACAACCAAAAAUGGAACAAUCUGAUCCAAUUCAUACAAAAAAUGAAGAAAUUGAACAAGAUUCGAAGAAGAAAUGCCUUAUGGAGCUUGCAACAACAUCUACAAAUCUAGUCUUGGCAUACAUGGAUUUCAGUGAAAAACAUGAAACUGCUGUUAAGUAUUUUCCAAACAAUGAGAAGAUUCAAAAGCUGAAGGAAGAUGCAAUGACUGUUUGUGAUGAGCACAAGAUGAGCUCUAAAGCUUUGACUGAAGAUAUUCCUCUCUCAUUUAGCCAAGAUGAACAGUAUUGGCAAGAUCUAGCUGUAAUUGAAGCUUGUGAUAGGUUUUCAAAGAUUUCAGGCAAUGACAAGCAUGCUGAAUCUACAAUUAAUGCUAGGGUUGAUCAUCUGAUUGAAUCAGAACCAAUUGAUGUUACUAAGAUUGCUGCUGAAUGUGUUCACAUAACAAGUGGUAUACCUGAUGUUGAAGCUCCAUCUGUUAUCAUACAGCCUAAGGUUGCUGAGCAUGUGUUUAAAAAACAUGGAGAGUCAAUUGCUCCUGUCAGUGCACAAGUUGGUGCUUCUAAAUCAGUUGUUGCUGCUGUUGCCGAUGAUGUUGAUGCUGUGAAUGCUCAAGAAGAUCCAAUUGCGCUUAAGAGAAAAGGAGAUGCUGAAAAUGAGAGUUGUAUUCCAAAGAAGCGUAAAGUGCAACCAUCGUUGCAGAUAAGAUCUCCUUUUAAGUCUCAGGUUAUCAACAUAUAUACACCAUUAACAGCAGUUCAGAAAGGUGUUAUGGAUUCAUUUUUUCAUGAGAAGAAAAAUCGUUUUGAUGCAGGGUUUUUAUGCGAGGGUGAGCUUGAUACUGAAGUAAUGCUAUUUCAACUUGAAAUGCUAAAAACUCAGAGCAAAAUUCAUGGUGAUAUCAUUAAUGCAUGGUCUACUGUUCUGAAUUUUAAUGAGCAAUAUAGAGAUAUCAAUUCUACUGGACGUUUCUUUUUCGGUCUUAAUGCAAUUGUUGGGGUCCCAAGGGGCAAGGUAGUCAAGGUACUCAAGGUUGUUGAUGGUGAUAUUGUUUGUGCUAUUAUGGAAUUGACCACCUGA